AUGGCGUACUACGACGAUCGUCGCCACUAUGCGCCCCGCGACCGUGGCCGUCCAUCCACCGGUUAUGCUGCAGAUUACUACGAUGAUCAUCCACGGGGUCUUACUGCAAGACACGAGCGAGAAGUCUACUCCUCUCGAGGAGGUGAGGACUCGGUCGAGGAAAUCCAGCGCGAUUAUCCCCCGGGCUCUGAUUACGUCUAUGAGCGCGGCUACGACUCUCGUCGCUCGCGACGUCCGGUCUAUGAGAAUGUGCGCCGCGCUUCCUCAGUCAGUGGCUACGAUCCGCACUACGAAAAUGGUUACUACCGAUCCCGUACCCGGAGAAGCAGACAAUAUGAUGAUCGCCGUAAGUGGUCUCCCUCCCUAACCGCGACCCUCGUGUCCAAUGCGGUGCGCCUCCUAGCUGUGAUACUAAGUGAUCCCCCAGGCCCCCGUCGCUCCAAAUACUCUUCAGCUUCUUCAUCCAGCCCUUCUCCAUCCCGUCAUAGCCGCCGCAAGUCUUUCGGCGAAACUGCCCUCGGCGCUCUCGGCCUAGGCUCCGUUGCUUCCAGACACUCAGACCGCACCGAUCGCGGUCGUGCUCGGUCUUCUUCGCGGCGCCGUGGUCGUGGCUACUCGUCAUCUCGAUCUCGCAGCCGCAGCCGUAGCCGCAGUCGUGACCGUGACCGCAACCAUCGUCAACGCAGUGAGCAGCGUCUUGCUCAAGCUGCACGCGCCGCUUUGACUGCCGGUGCCGUGGAAGCCUUCAAGUCUCGCAAGGACCCCGGCGACUGGACUGGUGCCAAGGGCAAGCGUAUCCUCACGGCAGCUGUCACUGCGGCCGGUGCCGAUGGCCUCAUCGACAAAGACCCCAAGAAGCACUCUGGGCGCCACGUCGUGGAAUCUACGCUCGCGGGUUUAGCCGCUAGCCAUUUUGUCCGCGGUGGCAGUUCCUCCAAGGGACGUGAUGGCCGUGGUCGUUCUAGCAGUGGUCUUAAAGACCUCGCCGCUACCGGUGCCCUUGCAGCUGCAGGCAAAGAGAUCUAUAACCGCAUUUCCCGCUCGCGCUCUCGACCUCGCGGCCGAGAUGAGCGGGACCGUGACAGCGACGAUGAUCGACGUGGAUCGAAGAAGCGCAGCAAGAGCGUCUCGGAGUACAUUACCAAGGGCAUAGCCGCACUCGGCAUUGGAGAAGCAGCAUCUGACCGCGGUCGAGACGACCGUGGCCGGGAUCGAGAUGAUCGAUACGAUCGUCGUCGGGAGCGGCGUCAUCACCGGGACAGAGACUCACGAUACGACUCGUAUUCAGAUUCAGAUGCAGAGAGCGACUACCGCAGCAGCAGGGAUCACAGGCAUGGCAGAGGCUCGAGAGAUGUAGGUCGAAAUCGUUCUGUGAACGGCAGCACAGCAACCCCCCUAGCACCCACCAGCGCACCCCGUGGCGAGAAGGGAGUGGGAUCUACCAAUCGGGGAUCCCACUCUAGCUCCGAAAGUGAUUCUGACUUGGGCGACAGUAACGAUGAAAAGGAGAAACGCAAGAAGAUGAAGCGGGAGAUGUUAUUGACCUCCGGUCUGGCCACCGUGGCCACCAUCCACGCUGCCCAUGGAGUCUACGGCGGGAUUCAGAAGCGCAAGGAACGCAUGCAACAGGUGAAAGAUGGCGAGAUUACCCAGGAAGAGGCGCGCAAGCGUCGGAUCAAGGCGAAUACGAUGGAUGCUUUUAGCGUCGGGCUUGCGGCGCUGGGUAUCAAGGGUGCGUAUUCGGAGUGGAAGGAGGUUAAUGAGAAACGCAAGGAAACGAAACAUUUCCAGGAUGAAUGUGCGCAGCGUGCUAUUAAGCGGGAGAUGCGUCGCUGUCGCAGUCAGGGUUCCACUCCUAGUAGUCGUCGUCGAUGGCCCGAUGAGAUUGAAUACCCGAAUGAUUCUUCUCAUUAUGGUCAUAGCAGUGGCUUUUCUUAUCAUGAUGGAAACCCAAAGAGUGCGGCACCGGCGAUCUCUUAUUAG